AUGAUACGAAAAAGAGGAUACUCAAUGAGGGGAGAAAAGGUUGCCGUACGUGGAGACUUUCAGAGGAAGCCAAGGAUUUCAGUGCUAGCGUUGAGCUUCGUGAGUUGUUGCAAAGAUUUCGUGUACUCAGCACGUGGGCGCGUAAAUCAAUACCCGGGAUCUAACUCGGUGUGGAUUCUCGAUGGAGCAUCAAUCCAUCGCCAUCCAGAGAUUAUAAAACUACCUGCGAAGUGUCGGCGUGGUCCCUAUUUUUUGCCGGCGUAUUGCCCAUUUUUUAAUCCCAUUGAAUUUCUCUUUGGGUUCGUGAAGAAGGCUUUUAUGCGGCACUAG